AUGAGGCUUUUAUGAUGUUUGCAGAACAAGAUAAUGUAAAUCCACAACAUAAAGAUACAAAAAUAUAUAAGCAUCACGUCAAUCUGGAUCCGUUCUUAGUUAUAAAACCAGAAGUUUUGAAGCGGUAUAAUAUGUUGAAAAUUAAACAAGAAAAUUAUGAAACAGAAGAACACUCGUUUGACAAAUCGUUUGAAGUCAUUAAACCUAAACCGUUGUAUGUGCAGUUCAAAAACAAUGAAAAGUCUACAACAGAGGAGUAUUUUAGCUGCAAUAACGACGAUUUGAAUAUAAAAAUUGAAAAAGAACGCUUCGACGACUGUGUUUUUGAAUCAGAAAUAGAAAUCGUUAGGCAUGAACUGUUUGAUGCUGAAGAAGAGCCAACACCGUCGUUUGACUGCAAUUACUGCCAAAAAUCGUUUAAAACAAAACAGAAAAUUAAAAAGCACAUUUUAAGGUAACCACGAGCAUAAUAAAGAAAAAUAGCAUUUAAGCAUAAAUUAACAUUUUAAGUAAACGUUGAUUUACGGUUAGGUGAUUACCUGUUAACUUAAAUUAUUAAAAGACUAUUGCAUGUCACGAAUAACUGUCAACAACUAACAGGCAGGGUUUGGGUACUAGCUGUAAGCAUGAGUUACUUUCAAGGCAGCCCUAAGGGAUAUUCUGGUGUAGGCACUAUAUUUUAAGUUAUUUUAAAUGGUAUGCACAAUGUAGUAAAAAUUAAACAAUCCUAUUAAAUAAUAAUUAUUAUUUAUUUACAUACAUGCAUGUUCUUUACUCUUUAUAUUUUUAUUUUUUAACUAUUAUUAACGCUAAUUUACUUAUAGUUUU